AAUUCUGUGCGACAAGCAGGGGUUGGGUGUGACUGUGAGAUCCUGUCAGGAGGAGAGUUUGUGCGCGACGGUGCCUGUGAGGUCGGAGACACCCGUGGCGGCCUGUGUGACGCUGAGGCUGCAGGUGCCUGAGCUGCCACUGGGGGUACUGCCUGUGGCAUCGAGAGGCCGUAUGUGAGAGCGAGAGAUUAGUGUGACAGCGUGUAACAUGGCGUGGACACAAGCACUGUAUGUGCCACACGGAGGACGGUGUGGGAGAGUGGGAGACGGGGUGAUUCACCGAGAGAUGGCGUGAGAAGGCAGCGCAGCUGAGAGGCCCAGGGGGACAGGGCAUGACAGAGAGACCAUGCCCAUACUCCGGUCCAGCUUUUAACCCCUUCACGGCCGCAGGCAUGUCCAACAACAUGGCCAAGAUCGCCGAGGCCCGAAAGACGGUGGAACAGCUGAAGCUGGAGGUGAACAUCGACCGCAUGAAGGUGUCACAGGCCGCAGCUGAACUCCUGGCCUUCUGCGAAUCGCAUGCCAAAGACGACCCGCUGGUGACGCCGGUGCCCGCCGCAGAGAACCCCUUCCGUGACAAACGCCUCUUUUGUGUCCUGCUCUGAGUCCUUCGGACAGUUUACCCUCCCCCCGCCAAAGUAAGAACCCAAUAAAUGUGACUGUGGUGG